UUUCAGGGAUUUUUUAUGACUCUUGGAGCUUCCACGCUCUAUGGAUUCGUGUUGCCAGCCAUCGAGUUGACAUACAAGAAAGCGAAGCAGACUGUCACUACUUUUGGUCAUGGAGAUGCAGAUGGUUAUGUCGUUUUCGGCUACCGUUUUCUGUUCCAUCGGGAUGGUCUUCCACGGAGACUUCAAGGCAAUUCCAAGGGAGGCAAGCGAGUAUCAGCUCGGACAAUCGACGUACUACGUGGUACUCGUGUUGAAUGCGAUGUUAUGGCAGAUGUUCUUCAUGGGAGCCGUGGGAGUGAUUUUCUCGGCCUCUCGUUGCUGUCGGGUAUAAUAAUCGCGGCCCUGCUUCCGGGGACAGAAUCGUUAGCAGUUUUGUUUUACAAUGAAAAGUUCCAGGUGGAGAAAGGCACAGCCCUUGUUUUCUCUCUUUGGGGAUCUCUGAAUUACUUAUAUGGUGAGUUCCAAGAAACAACAACGUGGAAAAGCAAAAUCAAGCUUUAGAAACAGAGAUAAAUUAAAGCAUGUGCUUAUUGCAUCUUAUUAAACAAGCUGUUUAUAU